AUGCGGUCCCAGCUCAGCGUCCAAAGCCCACCAGAGUCCCCAUCUCAGCCUCCAGAGCCCCCUAAGAAGGUAGAACCAUACCCAGUCCAGCAGGAAGCCCCUGCUCAGCCUUUAGAGCCCCCUAAUGAGAUACAACCUUCUCCAACCCAGCAGGAGGCCCCAGCUCAGUCCCCUGUCCCCCAGCAGGCCCCAGCUAUAUCUCCUGAGCCCCCUAAGGAGGUGGAAUCUUCUCCCACACAGCCAGAGGCCCCAGCUCAGCCUUCAGAGCCCCCUGAGAAGGUAGAACCAUCUCUAGCCCAGCAGGAAGCCCCAGCUCAGCCUCUAGAACUCCCUGACAAAGUGGAACCUUUUCCAGUCCCUCAAGAGACCCAUUCUCAGCUUCCACAGUCUCCUGAGAAGGUAGAAUCCUCUCCAGUCCUGCAAGAAGCCCCAUCUCUACCUCUAGAGCCCCUUAAGGAGGUAGAACCUUCUCCAACCCAGGAAGAGGCUCUAGUUCAGCCUCCAGAACCACCUAAGGAGGUUGUAGCACAACCUCCAGUCCAUAAUGAGGUGACAGUUCCACCUCUAGGACAAGCGCAAGCUCAGCAUUCAAACUUGCCCAGUGCCACUGUUAAACCUGUUGAUCUGGAGCUUACUAUCAGCAUCCAGAGCCGACUAAGGAACUUGUAUCCCAACCUCACAUAUAUCAAGAGGCAGCAGUUCCAACACCACACCAGGAUCAAGCUCAGCAUUGGUGGUCACCAAAUGUGA